AAUCUCUGGCGCGUUCAAAACCAGUUUACCUUUUCCAUCACAUUUAAUGAAUCCAGUUAAAAUUUCGUAUUCAAAAUUCGGUCGUAAAAGUUUUAAAAUUCAGCAAGAUUGUACCAUUUACUAAUUUUGGCAAAUAGAGAUGACAGCAUCAGAAAACGAUUUUUGCCCUUACGUAAAAAAUAUCGGUGAGACGAUCGGAGAAAUAGAAUGUCAAAUACUGUCAGAGAGCGAUGGAGAAUCAGGACAAAGUACUGUUUCGAAAAUUCUCUCUAAUGCAAUUUUGCACGCAAUGGAUGCUCUUUUAUCCGCAAUAUUGACACCAUUUAUAGUGUGGCAGUGGCUUUCAGAACACGACCAUGUAAUGAUGAUGUUGAAAGUGAUAUUUGAGGUCACAUUAGAACUAAUGAUGUGGACAAUAUUUGCCGUCGUCUCAAUACUAACAACCGGAGCUUUGCUUUUCGACGAUUGGUACAAGAGCCAAGAAAUUUCAAAAAUUGAAAAGGAUAAAAAGAUUGAAGAUCCUCAAACUGACAUUAAAGGCGAGGGACAAAAUUUUCAAACAAAAUCUAAUCAGGUUAAAAAAAUUGGAAGGUACUCAAGAGACUUCUGUGGAAAGAUUUGAUAAUUAAAAUGUUGAAAUUUAAAUUAUUAUGUACAUUUAUUAAGAAGUGCAACUUUAAUUUGAUAAUAUUUUGAUCUUUUAAAAAUGUGUAAAUCAACUUUUCUGAUACUGGCAUCUGCGAAAUAUAGAAACAAAUAUUUUCCAGUUGUGUUAUCAAAGGUUAAAGGUUGGGGGAAAUCCAUUUAUGUUUGGACAAUUUCUCAAUAGAAUGACGUCGUUUUAUUCUGGAGGUCAUCGUGCUUAUAGUAUAUAUGGAAAUUAACUUUUUAUACGUAAGAGGAAUUUACCAAGAAUUAGGUCAAUAUGUUCAGUUUAUAACUACGUGGAAUUAAAUAUUCUUCCAGUUAGUGUGCAUAAUAUGACAUUAAUUAACGAGAGGUUAUCACUCUUUGAGAUUAUGACUAAGAAAUUUAAUUUUCAAAAAUAGUAAUUCAUAUCGACAAUUGAAUCAAAUUUUAUUUAUGAACAUUACUUUUCAAUCAAACUAAUAAAUGAUUUGCAACUAGUUUGAUGACACGAAAAAGAUAUAUUUUCAACAAAAUGGUUGAGUCAUGAACCAAAUAGAUGAAUUUUCAACAGUAAGGUGUCAGUUAACAUAAAUUUUUUUUCUCCCACAAUUUAUUUUACCCAAAAAUUCCAGCAUAGAAUCACGAGUUCGUGAGUUGAAAGUCCACAUAGUACAGAGUCAGGAAAGUCGGUAAUGCUGAAAAUAAAUAAAUAAA